GCAUUUUCCUUACUUCUUCAUUAUUCUCUCAAACACAACUCCUCUCUCUCCCUCUCUCUAAAUGGAGAAAACUCUAGCAACUCCCGACAACACUAGAUCUGUUUCAGUGUUGUGCUCAGCCGCCGUGAAAACACGCUCUGGUGGUUUCGAGCGCAGAACCAAACGGAGAUUGUCGCAGACGAAGGCAAGCGUGCGUGUGUCUGGUGAAGAAGAUGAAGAAGAAGAAAAAGAAGAGGUAAAGGAGAAGAUUGAGGCGUUGAAGAGGAUAAUUCCAGGAGGAACGGCGCUUGGUGUGGACGAGCUAUUCGAAGAGACAGCUGGUUACAUAAUGUCUCUACAAUGUCAGAUCAAAAGCAUUAAAGUCCUCACUUCAUUUCUCCAACGCUUAGAUAAACAAGACAUGAAGUUCGGAGGUUGAAGAUGAUGAUGGCACCAAGAUUGCUCUUCUUUAUAUUUAAUUUAAUUUUAGUUCUUCUUUUUCCUUUUUAAUAUGGCUUUUAGCUUUGAUAUAUGGGGAAAGAGAUCUCAGCAUUUUUUUUCUUCGAAAUCUUUUUCUUUACCAAGACUUUAAAGUUAUGAUUUAUUCAAGCCGGUUCGUAGU